CCGACGGACAGCGCUGUGUACAUGCCCGUCAGGUCGUCCUCUGCGAGCUUUUUGCCGCGUAGAGGCUUUAACUGGCUUAUUUUUGUCCAGCAGUAGGAAAACAGCAGGUUAACGAUGACUUCCAGAGGGACACCGAGCCGUUUCUUAAGAAGUGUCCUUCAAAAUGGCGUCGGUCGGUACGUUUGCCAGCUGAAACGAGUCUCCAUCAUCUUCUCCAAAAAAGCUUCGAGCUCGCUGGGAGUGAGGGAUUUUAUUGAGGAGGGAGUCGUGGAUUAUGCCAACAAGAACCCUGGAACUGUCGUCUAUGUGUCUCCGCAGCCCUGCGGGACACCAAAGAUAGUUGCAGAAUACUUAAAUGGCAACGUGAGGGAAGAAAUCAUCGCGAGCAAAACGGCUCAGCAGAUAUCGGAGCUCCUGACUAAGCUGACCAGUCAGUCCGGUCUGGACAUCAUCCGCAUCCGCAAACCCAUCCACACCGACAGUCCCAGCGUCCAGGGCCUGUGGCACCCUUUCACCAACCGGCCCCCGUCUGUCGGCCCCAUCAGACCACAGAAAACGGACUCUCAAUAAGGACUGACCGAAGAUGAAAAUGUUUAACUUCCAUUUGUAUGUUUUUUGCAGUUUAAAUUAAAUCACUGGUGAAUAACA